UACUUCAUAUCCUGUCGUCUUAAUUUUUAACGUUAGGAAAACAAAUACGUUUUACUGGAACUUAAAUUGUGUAAUUAAUGGGAAGGUAUAAGUGUGCGUACAACUGCGAGGAUUCAACUGACCCGGAUAUAAAGUUCUUUAAGUUCCCAAUAUACAAUCCCAAAAAACUCAAAAAAUGGGUCUCCAACAUGAAGUUGAAAGACUGGACUCCGACUCGCUUCUCCGCGCUGUGCAUCAACCAUUUCGAGGAACAGUACAUCGACAGAUCAGGGAAAUGUGUGACGCUACGAGAUGAUGCAGUCCCCACCAUAUUUUUACCUCAUGACAAAACAGAGAAAAAUAAGACUUCUGCCAGCCCUGGGCGUAAAAGACUUAAGCCUCUUGGACCCAAAACCUCAGAGAAAGACUCAGCUUCCUCUUCAACAUCUCCCUCUGAAGCCACAAACAACAGCAUAAACAAAGAGCUAGACCAGAGAGAGGAAGAGCAAACAGGAGAUAAAGACCAGAGAAAUGUUGAAAAGUGGAGAAUCAUAGUUGACGAGAGGCUGAGAAAGAUCGACUCGUUUCCACAUUUCUUUCAUGGAGAUUACUGUGUACCACAGAAUAUCCAGUGGGCUCCAGAUGAGGAUUUUAAUGUGUACUGUCAAGACUCUGACAGUGUUAUAGAGGUGAAAGAGGCAUGGCAGUGGCUGGGAUUGGACGUCAGAGGACCGUUGCCCCAGACGCUGAACCGACACAGGUAUAUUUUAUCGCUGACAGACUUUUACUCCAGGUGGGUGGAGGCCGUUCCUAUGCAGUCCUGCCUCCCCUCUGAUGUGGCCAAGAGUAUCGCAGACAUCAUUGCCCACUUUGGAUAUCCGCUGAGGAUUCUCUCCAGGCUGCCUCACGACAUAGUUCACAGAAUAAAUCGGGAGCUGAAAGAUCACCUGAAGGAAACUAUCACCCUUGUGGUUUAUCAUCAGCAGACAGGCACUCUGGAUCCGAUCACACCACAGAUGAUUGACAGGAUGGUUGGCGAUCUAACAGACGAGCAUGCAGCUGAUUGGGAUGUUUACUUACCUGCCAAGGUUUUCAGUCUUUGCUUUAAACAGCAUUUGGUAACUAAGGAGAGGCCUUUUUCUUUGCUGUAUUGUAAGGGACUAGAGCCAAUUCAGACCCCCAGAGGACUAGAUUACGUUAACUCCAAGAUCCAAGACAGCGCCUUUGUCGUUAGAUAGAUCUUCAUUUGGUCUUUUAGAUAAGGAAGCAGUCUUUUUUCCCACUGAGGGGAGAGCAACAGGCGUCCUGUGGAGCAACAUCACAGUCAUGAUGGAUUGAAAAGGAUGAACCUGUAUUUGAUUAACUGAAACUGCAGAAGAAAAUGAAAAACUUUAAGAACUCCCAAGAAAUUGUCUCGAUUUUUUGGACAUUUGGAAAUAAGUUCUUUUUUUCAGGGGUAGUUAAUAUGGUGAUGUUAGUUAAUAUUUUAUGGUAGGGGAAGGCCCCUAAACUGACUGAAUGUUUGAAAAAUAACUUCUCAGACUCAGAGCUCUAAAUGGUAAAUUUCCCAACCACAGCUUCCCCCCCAUCACAAACACCCUGGGAAAAUCUCCAGAGAUUUUGGGUGGUAAGGACUCGAUAUUUAAUGUACUUAAUAUUGUUUGAUAAACACAUGUAAUAUUAACACUGUUUGUAUAAGGACAGAAUAAUAUCUGUAAAGAUAUUUAGUUAUCCACAUUUAGAAUUUGUAAAAUUACUCAGCUGAUUUGAUUCUGUUUUCUGAAUCACCUCUGCAGACAUGACAGCAUGGGGUGAUUUAGAUAAAUAUGAUGCAGAAAAUUUGUUUGCAGAUUUUCAGUAUUAUUUUUACUGUCAGCUUGGAGACUUUUUCAGGUACUUCUUUAUGUUACAGACAGUGCCAAAAUCAUUACCUACCUGAAUUGAAUCAGUUGUCAUAUACGAGAAAUCGCUUUCUGGAAAUGUUGUUUUUUUUUGUUUUUUUUUAGAUGUCCUUUAUUUGAGAUUGAAUUAUUUAAAUUUAAGAGACACCAGAUAUUAUCUCAUUCGAUUUUCUCAUCUCUGCCAUUGAAAUGUUUUGUUGUACUAUAUCUUGAACAACUUGUAUUGGAGAGUUCCAGUUUUUAAUGUCAAUUUAUGACAUUAUGACAGUGCCUUUCAAAUGUUUUCAAUUAGUUGCUUAAUUCAGUGUAUUGUAUCAGGAUUUUGUAUGAGACAAAACAAUUGUGUGUAGUUGUGAAGUGGAAGGAAAAGAGACAUGGUUUAAGUUUCUUUGUUGCUUUUUUUGUUUGUUUGGUUUUGAUUUUAGUUUUUUUUUUUUUUUU